ACAGGAACCGGGUUGGCGCCCAAAUUAUAGAAAAGAAAAAAGUCUCUAACGGGACAGAUGUGCGUUCUCUGACGCCCACCCUACGAGUCUCAUGCCAGACGCACUGGUGGUGGUUCCACGCUCAGGAAGGAUGUGGGGCGGGGAACGCGCCGCCCCAAGACCGGACCUCGGUCUCUAGAACUCCGCUGCCCACACGUACCCCCUGACCUGGAUGCGAACACCCUCAUUCUCCCACUCCCGCGCCACUGUAGCACCUCUCUCCCCUCCCUCGAGAAGCCCCCGACUGUAGAAAGAAAGAUAAACCUCCAAGUUUUCACUCCGCGUCUCAAACGUGCAUGAAGGAAUUUAACUGCGCGAGUGAAUAACAGCAUUAGUUUCAAUUAAUUUUUUUUAAAUCCCGGCAACAAUAAACUUUGAGAACAAAAGCGCUUUUACGUCCUUAAUUAGGCGAGCUUCCCAUCUGUGGUCUUGAAGUGUCUUGCCUCUUGAUUUAACUUUGUCUCCGCCCCUCACUACACUCCUACCCCUUCUUCGCUGGGCCCUUCGGGUACCCUAGCCAUCCCGCCCGCGGCGCCGGAGGUUCGGCCCAGCGGAUCCUGUAGCCCCGAAGUUCACACCGGCCGGCUGGCUUUGCGGCGGGGCUGGCGCGCACCAGUGUACUGGGAAGAAGGGUCGUGGUCCACCACAGAUGCGUUUGUCAGAGGGAGCAGUGGAGAUUCGGGUCAAGGCUUAAAGGCCUGGGGCUUCCAAUGAUACUCUGGGCAGGGAUGGAAGCCUAGAUGCCUCACCGCAAGGAGCGGCCGAGCGGGUCCUCGCUUAACGCACACGGCAGCAGCGGCACCGCGGAGGGAGGAAAUAUGUCCCGGCUGUCACUCACCCGGUCGCCUGUGUCUCCCCUGGCUGCCCAGGGGAUCCCACUGCCAGCUCAGCUCACCAAAGCCAAUGCACCUGUGCACAUCGACGUGGGAGGUCACAUGUAUACGAGCAGUCUGGCUACACUCACCAAGUACCCUGACUCCAGAAUAAGCCGUCUCUUCAACGGCACGGAGCCCAUUGUCCUAGACAGUCUCAAGCAACAUUAUUUCAUCGACCGCGAUGGGGAGAUUUUCCGCUACAUCCUGAGUUUCCUGCGGACGUCAAAACUGCUGCUUCCAGAUGACUUCAAGGACUUCAACCUGCUGUACGAGGAGGCGAGGUACUACCAGCUGCAGCCCAUGGUGCGCGAGCUGGAACGCUGGCAGCAGGAACAAGAGCAGCGACGUCGUAGCCGGGCCUGUGACUGCCUGGUGGUGCGGGUCACCCCUGACCUGGGUGAGCGGAUCGCACUCAGUGGAGAGAAGGCCCUCAUCGAGGAGGUCUUCCCAGAGACCGGAGAUGUCAUGUGCAACUCUGUCAACGCCGGCUGGAACCAGGACCCCACGCACGUCAUCCGUUUCCCUCUCAACGGCUACUGUAGACUCAACUCGGUUCAGGUCCUGGAAAGGCUGUUUCAGAGAGGGUUCAGCGUGGCCGCAUCCUGUGGGGGUGGUGUGGACUCUUCCCAGUUCAGCGAGUACGUCCUUUGCCGGGAAGAGCGGCGACCGCAGCCCACCCCAACUGCUGUCCGGAUAAAGCAGGAGCCCCUGGACUAGGCGCUGCCUCGGUGCCCACCUAAGACCCCCUCAGUCCUGGGGCAACCCCAAGGACACGGAAAGAGCCCUGAGGAGGCCUGCCUGUUUGUGCUUCACAGUGAGCACAAGACUGAGGGCAGGAAUGGAGGGGCUGAGCUCACCCCUGGGAACGCCAGGUGCGGAGGCAACGGGAUGAGGGGUGCCGGAGACAUGCCCACGGAAGGACUGUCGAUGUGACCCGCAGAUGCUGUUGCUGCAACUGUGCUGCCAGCUUCCCAACCCUCCUGCUCCUCAGCCCGGUACAUCAUCCUCUGCUGGGCCAGUCACUCCAGAGCAGCUGUUUCUCCUCCACACUUGGCAGACAUAUUUUUCUACAGUAUUUAAAACAGGACUAACUGUCUCUGCACAGGUCGGCAAGGCUAAUGGGGACCAUCGCUGCUUUUACCUGGUGCUCGGUUCUCAGUCCAACUGUUCAGCAAGCCUUGCCAAGGAUGGGCCGCCGGCAUUUGGGCCCAGGUGCCUGCUGAGCUGGCUCUGUGGGGACAGAUGUGGGGGUGGCGGUGCUACAGGAGAUGGGACAGGGUCCUCCAGGGGCAGGGCAGCCAGGAAGAGGAAAUGGGGGCUGUGUGACUCUGACUUUUAUCUGAGACACUCUGCUGCCACCCGUGUCCCAGACUGCACUUGGUGCACACCUGACCUGCUAAUGCCCAGGGGCUUCCAAUCCCAACUGAUUUGUGCUCACAUCUGGGUUCUUGGAGAAGUCUCCACCCACCCAGUCAGCAUGGGGGCCACAGCUUAUCUCAGGAAUGGGCCCUUCUACCAAGGGACCCAUCUGUCAGCAUCACUCUCUGGGUCCCCAGCUCAGGGAACCACCCUCCACCCUAGGUCCAGUUUUCCCAUUCAUACGCACAUCAAGUGUUACCGAAAUGUUCUAAACUAGCCAGUCUCUUAAGGCCCAGACCUAAGCUUACCUAGUGCUCUUAACCCCAGAUUUCCAACAAGGACUGGUCCUGAGAGGUCCUCACAGAUCAGCUCUCUUCCAGACGACAGGCCCAAAAGAUGGAUACCCUGGCCUUGUCACAUCUCCCCUAGCUCCUCCCAAGUGGAGGAACCACAGAGAACUGACAGAUGGGGUGCCCUGGCCGGCACUCCCUUGUGUAUAACGCCUGUAGACUUGUAUAUGUCUCCUUUAAUAUUGUAAAGAUGCUGAUGUACAAUUGUUCUGUGUUUGUGUAAACACACCGCGUUCCUGGUUCAUGCCAUAAAGGACGCUAUAAAGCAAAA